CGACCUUCACAAGCCACACACACCUACCUCUCACACACACUGGCUUCCCACGCUUCCUCGCCGACCCCUCCUCCGCAGCGCUCGGGGAAGGCUGCCUCUUUGAUGAGCGUAACCAUCCAUGAGUCGCAGAUGAUGCCCUCGUAUGGCGCCGAAGCAACCGACCGCCCAUCCUUUGCCCAUGCACAAACAACAUCCACACCGCCCGCGCGCACCCCCUCGGACCGCUCGUCACCCAAUGGCACUGCUGCUGCCAUGAACGGGAAGCUAUCCAACGGCCGCCCGACCAGGCCUGCGAGCAUCGACAAGCGCCUGUCGCAGGAAGAAGGGCGCCAUGGCCGGAGUAGGGGAGACGCCAUCGACGUCGACACCUUCAACAAUAACAACCGCUCGCCCGACAUGCACCGGCUGUCCAGCGAGCGCCCGAGCAGGGACGAUGGCUACUUUGCCUCGAUCCACAGCAGCAAGACCAAGGACCGCCUCUGUGGCAGCACCACGCACGUCGAACUCGGCCAGAUAGAUGCCCUCGAUGGCACAAAAGAAGCAAGCAAGGACUUCUACGUGCCGCAUGUCGGCUCCAUGUCCAACCCUACCACAUCGCCCUCGCCCCAGCCUCAGCCCGACGAGGCCGCGUCAAGCCUGCAGGUACCGACCCAACCGCAUCGCGUCUCCUCCCCACCGGCUUUUAACCACAACAACGCCAACUCUUCGCAGCCACCCCACCGCCUACAGCAACGUCACACCCUCGAGGUCCCCAAGCUGCAGACAUCGCGCGCCCGCGACACCCAGAACAACACUGACGACGUCAUCAGCGCAAGCGGGAGGUUCUCGCCCUCUACACCGCACCGCCGGAGAGGCUCCAUGUCGCUUGUGCGUAGGACCACACGCUCCGUCAACUCAGACAUGCCUCUUGACGAAGUGCCCCAGGACGAUGAGGCCGCGCGAUGGGCUGAACACAUACGACAGAAGAGAGCCAGCAAGAGGAAGCGCAAAGAGGACGAGGACGAGGAUCGCGUCGUAGUAGGCACCAAGGUGGACCAGAAUCACGUCAACUGGGUCACUGCCUACAACAUGCUGACGGGUAUUCGCUUCACCGUCUCACGAACCAACGCCAAGAUGGAUCGAGAUCUUACCGAUGCUGACUUUGAUGCGAAGCACAAGUUUUCGUUUGACAUAACUGGCAACGAGCUUACUCCUUCCGCCAAGUACGACUUCAAGUUCAAGGACUAUGCGCCAUGGGUCUUCCGCCAUCUCCGCACUACCUUCAAGCUCGACCCUGCCGAUUACCUUGUCUCGUUGACAAGUAAAUACAUUCUUUCCGAGCUCGGCUCUCCAGGCAAGAGCGGCAGCUUUUUCUAUUUCUCUCGCGACUACAAGUACAUCAUCAAGACUAUCCAUCACGCUGAACACAAAUUCCUCCGCAAGAUUCUCAAAGACUACUACAACCACGUACAAGAGAACCCCAACACCCUUCUUUCCCAGUUCUACGGCCUGCAUCGCGUAAAGAUACCCUAUGGACGUAAGAUCCAUUUCGUCGUCAUGAAUAACCUGUUCCCUCCGCAUCGAGAUAUCCACCGCACAUUUGAUUUGAAGGGCUCGACGAUUGGGCGAGACUUCAAGGAGGAUAAUCUGGCGACCAACCCUCGCGCAACUCUAAAGGACCUGAAUUGGUUACGCAGAAAUCAGCAUCUCGAGUUAGGACCAUCGAAGAAAAAGAUGUUUAUCGAGCAGAUGCAGAGGGACGUCAAGUUGCUGCAGCGCUUGCACAUCAUGGACUACUCACUUCUCAUUGGUAUCCACGACUUGGAGAAGGGUAACGAGGAGAAUCUGAGAGACAAAACACUCCAGGUCUUCUCACCAGGUGGAGAGGAGGCACCAGAGCCACAGCCGAAUCAGCUCAUGCGUACACCUUCAAAACUAGAGAGUGCUCGGAAAGCACGGGAACUGAGGCAGAUGGUCAAGACCCAGAAGCCAGUACCAAUGGGUCAGACCUCCAGCAAGAUGCCGGAUGAGUUGGAAGACCCUAACCGGAACUUCUACUUCUACUCCGAUGAUGGCGGUUUCCGGGCUACUCAUGAAGACAACGCCCCUGGAGAGGAGAUCUACUACCUUGGUAUCAUCGACUGUCUGACACACUACUCGUUCAUUAAACGCAUGGAACACUUUUUCAAAGGCAUCGCUAAUACCGAGUCACAAAUAUCUGCCAUACCCCCCGAACGAUACGGUGAUCGAUUCAUCAAGUUCAUCAGUGGCGUCACUAAAACCAAAGAAGCGGCCGAUCGCGAGAAGAUGGAAGAGGCUACUAACGAUCUCAACGAACUAUCGCUGGACGGUCUCAACCGAUCAUCGACCGACCGCGUCGUAGAGAAGGCAGAGCACCAAGCUGAACGCUCGCGGCGACAAGGUCAUGGCGAGGAGAACGUACCGAAUCUGCACAUGAGGGCAGUACGUAGUCCGUCCGCGGAAAGAGGAGAGAUUGGGACCACUCUUCCUGUAGUCGAGGAGGCUGGUGAGUCUUCGAGUGUUGGUGGGCAUAGCAAUCGGAGCGCCUCAGAUGGUGCUCAUGCUAUAACUACAAGCAACAAUGAGGCCUCGCCGCCUCCGCCACUCACAGGAGCACCCUAUCUUGGCCCCCCGCGCCUUGAGUCCAGAGCUAGGUCAACGUCCAGAGAAAGGGAUCAUUCACAGGGUAGGCCACCGCCAACACCACCCAAAGACUCGGGCACCGCAAGUAGCGAUGGUCGGCCACCCACACCAGCAAAGGAUUCCGAGUACAUGUCUAAUAGGCACUCUGGGCCGCCCACACCACCGAAAGAGGACAAGAGAGGAGGGAUACCCAGAGCCUCUCUGGACAAGGACCUACCACGAACACCAUUAGAAACCACCAUCAGGGUUACCUAAGCUCGCCAAUGGAAUCUUGUCCAAGUUCGCCAUCUUGUCACACCUUUUCAUACAAUGCUUUUUGCAUACCGCCUGGUCAAGUGCCAGGCUUUUCCUUUGUCGCUCCCCUGCGUCGCGAAU